AUGGAGCGGUCAAAUGAAUUUGAAGGAACUGAUGGACAAAGGUUCAAGAUUGUCCAUUUUGUAAAUUGUAAGACAUCUAAUGUGGUGUACUAUGCUCAAUGUCCUUGCCGGAAAAUCUAUAUUGGUAUGACCACGAGGGAAUUGAGAGUAAGGAUAUUGGAGCAUAUUAGAGAUAUUAAGAACAGUAACCGUUAUGACUCAGAGAAACUGAGAUGGAAACCACUUGCGAGACAUUUCCACGAUUUCCAUCAAAACAAUUGGAGGUUGUUAAAAUUCAAGGGUAUUGAUAGGAUUCUGAAGAACAUUGAGCUCCAGUUUCCGUUUUUUAAAGAAGAUUAUAUGGGAUGGAAGGACUCAGUGCGCCACAACCUGUCCUCCAAUGACUGCUUCAGGAAGGUGCUUAAGGAUCCGGGGAAGCCUCAGGCCAAAGGGAACUUCUGGACGGUGGACGUGAGCCGGAUCCCUCUGGACGCCAUGAAGCUGCAGAACACGGUCAUGGCUCGUGGUGGAUCACAGAUGUUUGUCCAGGACUUGUCUCCCUACAUCCUGCACAGCUACAAGUAUGACCCCAAUGGGGACCUCUACCAGCAGAUUGCCCUCAGUAACUACCCCGGCUGUAUGGGGGACCACUCUCCGCUCCCCACCGCAGGGAAACUCAACAGCUCCUUCAUGAUUGAGUCUUUACUCCAUGAUCUUCAAGAGACUGAGCCAGAUGUCUCCAGGACUGUGGAGAACCAAAAACAAGGCCCUACCCUGCCCCCCACCCUAUGGGCCGCUGCCCCCCGCCUGUACGACUCCUCCAGCACCAUAUACUCCUCCUCCAGCACCAGCCUGUCCACCAUGUCUCCUAUGAGUGGGGAUGAGAAUCUGGAACAUUGUAGGGAGGUUCCUGGGACUCCCCCACCGAGGGCUUUGAAACGUCUGAGAGAAGAUAAUGAGAGUAGUUGUUCUGAUCUGAGUGCUGAUGGGUGUUCUCCAGUUGAGCCACCAUCUAAGGCCUCGUUCAUUCCUUCAGAGCUGCCAACCUCGUACACAAAGUGUGUGGCGCCCAACGUGGUGGCUCCGCCCAGCAUUCUGCCUUUCUUCCCUUUCCCAGAUAUCCCUACUGUAACUAUGGACCUUCUCCGUACAUGACUCCUCCCUACUGGGGUCUCCUGUCCCAACCAACCAACCCCAGCCCCCAGAAGCCAUGCCCACCCCCUACACUGGAUCUGGACAGCAUGCUGAGGACUGUGCCACCCAACAAAAGUGUAUUAGAUGUAUUGAGCAGUCACCCAGGAGAUCUGGUUCACCCGUCCUUCCUGAGCCAAUACCUGCCCAGUCCGAGCAGUCCCUGUUCAGGACAAAGUCUUCUGUGAUUGAUUGGGACUGAGGACCACUAUGGACUGUAGAGGACUCCUUAAGGUUGUGUUGUGGAGUAAGUUGGUGCCCAGUGGUGGUGAAUAGUGACGGACUCCCUGCACGUAGAGGAGACAUCUACCUCCCGAGGUUAUAAAAUAUAUAAAUAUAUAUACCCUGUGUGCUCCUAGGGUGUAUAUACUGGACCAUGUGGAGUCUGUAUAAACAGCGCACACAGCACAUAUAUACAAAACGUAUGGUGACUGAGAAUGAGGGCGUCUCUGAGGCCAUAGAUGUUACUCCAUGGUGCUAGAUCUAUAGGCACGUAAUCAAUUACUGGUACAAACAUAGGGCAGGAAUCCGCAAACUACCCCAAGCACCACAUGUAAACGGCAAAGACUACACAGAACCCUGCUAUGGUGCGAGACAGCAAAUACCCCCAUGUAGAGAGCGAGGAGUGCACCCCGGAGACGUCCUCCUCCACCACCGAUCGGAACGUCCUUCUUCUGUUGACUCUUCACAACCGCUCAGGAUUAGGCGUGAGACGAGCCCCCGAUGGUCAUGAAUGGUGGUCACCCGGAGUGGACAUAUAAAACUUGUAUAUUAAAUCUUCUCUACACCAUUUGUGAGGUCUCGGCCCGGACCCCACAUACAUGUUCACCACAGAUUCUUUAGGAAACUGUAAGAAUCUCAUGUGUCUGUAGAAUGUUCUAGUGAUGGGGAACUAUGACGUGAUCUCUGCUCCCCUGACAUCUGACGUGUGAUCUCUGCUCCCCUGACAUCUGACGGGUGAUCUCUGCCCCCCUGACAUCUGACGGGUGAUCUCGGCCCCCCUGACAUCUGACGGG